AUGUCUAAAGCCAUUGGAAUUGACUUGGGUACCACGUACUCGUGUGUGGCGCAUUUUACUAACGACAGAGUCGAGAUCAUUGCGAACGACCAAGGGAACCGGACGACGCCCUCGUACGUCGCGUUCACGGAUACGGAACGGUUAAUUGGAGAUGCCGCCAAGAAUCAAGCCGCCAUGAACCCGGUGAACACGGUGUUCGACGCAAAACGACUCAUUGGACGGAAAUUCGACGACCCGGAAGUGGUCAACGACGCCAAGCAUUUCCCGUUCAAAGUGGUCAACAAAGAGGGCAAACCGUUUGUACAGGUGGAAUACAAGGGCGAGACCAAAGUGUUCUCGCCCGAGGAGAUCUCGUCGAUGGUGCUGGGCAAGAUGAAGGAGACCGCGGAAGGGUAUCUGGGCGCGGGCGUGAGCGACGCCGUGGUCACGGUGCCCGCGUACUUCAACGACUCGCAACGGCAGGCGACCAAAGAUGCAGGCACCAUUGCCGGGCUCAACGUGCUCCGGAUCAUCAACGAGCCCACUGCCGCUGCCAUCGCGUACGGGCUCGACAAAAAAGGCGCCACCGAGCACAACGUGCUUAUCUUUGACUUGGGAGGUGGUACUUUUGACGUUUCCCUGUUGUCCAUCGACGAAGGUAUCUUUGAGGUCAAGGCCACUGCCGGAAACACCCAUCUGGGGGGUGAGGACUUUGACAACCGGCUCGUCAACCAUCUCGCCGACGAGUUCAAGCGUAAGAACCGCAAGGAUCUCACCGGUAACCAGCGGUCGUUGCGUCGGUUGCGUACCGCCGCCGAGCGCGCUAAGCGCGCUCUGUCGUCGUCCGCGCAGACCUCCAUUGAGAUCGACUCGCUCUUCGAAGGUGUCGAUUUCUACACCUCGCUCACGCGUGCCAGGUUCGAAGAACUGUGUGCCGACCUUUUCAGAUCCACGCUUGACCCCGUUGAGAAGGUGUUGCGCGACGGCAAGCUUGACAAGUCUCAAAUCGACGAGAUCGUGCUCGUUGGAGGCUCGACCAGAAUUCCAAAAGUGCAAAAACUCGUUUCGGAUUUCUUUAACGGCAAAGAACCCAACAAGUCCAUCAACCCAGAUGAAGCGGUUGCGUACGGUGCCGCCGUACAGGCCGCUAUCUUGACCGGUGACCAGUCCUCGAAGACUCAGGACUUGUUGCUAUUGGACGUGGCGCCUUUGUCGCUCGGAAUCGAAACAGCAGGAGGAAUCAUGACCAAAUUGAUCCCCAGAAACUCGACGAUUCCUACCAAGAAAUCUGAAGUUUUCUCCACCUAUGCCGACAACCAACCGGGCGUUCUAAUUCAAGUGUUCGAAGGUGAAAGAACCCGAACCAAGGAUAACAAUUUACUUGGGAAAUUCGAGCUUUCCGGGAUCCCACCGGCGCCAAGAGGUGUACCACAGAUUGAAGUCACUUUUGAUCUCGAUGCCAACGGAAUCUUGAACGUGUCUGCCAUUGAAAAGGGUACCGGAAAAUCCAGCAAGAUCACCAUCACCAACGACAAGGGUCGUUUGUCCAAGGACGACAUUGAAAGAAUGGUGUCGGAAGCAGAGAAAUUCAAAGCCGAAGACGAAAAAGAAGCAGAACGGGUUCAAACCAAAAACUCAUUGGAAGCGUAUGCAUUUAGUCUCAAGAAUUCCAUCAACGAGGCCAACUUUAAAGAAAAAGUGGGUCAAGAUGAAUUCCAGAAAUUGUCAACGGCCGUUGAGGAAACUAUUUCUUGGCUCGAUUCGUCGCAGGCUGCCUCUACGGAAGAGUACAAGGACAGACAAAAAGAAUUGGAAGGUGUGGCCAAUCCUAUUAUGACCAAAUUCUACCAAGCAGGAGGUGCUCCUGGCGGUGCUCCCGGUGCUGGUCCCGGUGGUGCUGCGCCGGGUGGUUUCCCAGGUGCCGGAGGCCCUGCACCUAGUGCGGGCGGCGAUGCCGGACCAACCGUCGAAGAAGUCGACUAA